ACCCAGUAGUGAGAAUACACCAUGACAUGAUCCCUGCACAAAUCAUUCCCUUUCCCCCAUCCCAAUUACACAAUUAACUCUGCAUUUAAUCAUGCAAGUGUCCGGUGCUCAGGUUUCUUGGGGGACGGGAAGUUCGCGGGACCAGGAAGUGCGUGUGAUGUCAGUGCUUGUUUGUGUGGUGCGACAAUGUAUGGAUUAACGGCGUGAAAUGGGUUAUAGAGCGGAUACAACUGGUACCUAGCUGAUCGCUAUGAUGGUGAAUGGCAAAUGGGUGAGUAGCAGAGGGAUUUGUGAAUGGGGAGGUUACAUGAACGAAUAGGGACACGGUUGCCGGCACCGUGCUAAAUUCAAACAUACCGGGUUGUGUAUGGAUGCGUGUGUGCGUGUUUCCGUGUGGUAAAGAAGUAGUGAUCAAUUUAAAUGUCGCGGAUAGUGUCAGUCGCCGUUGGUGGAAAGGAGGGGCUGCCUUUUCACACACUGCCUUUCUCCAGGCUUCAGGUGUCUAUUCAACCAUGCAGUGGAAUUAGAAAUGGUUUUGCCCAGACAAAGAUACAGUCAAGCCGGAAAGUCUGCACGCCCCUUCCACCUUUUCCAUGUUUUAUUACGUUACAGACAUAUAAUAGAUUGAGUUCAUUUUUUGUCUCACAAUUCUACACAAAAUAGCCCAUGUUGACAAAGCAAAUUUUUGUGCUAAUUUAUUAAAAAUCUAAAUGUAAGAUAUCAUAUGUACACAAGUGUGCACACCCUUUGAUAUGACACCCAAAAGUGAGCUGAGGUGCAUUUUGUUUCCACUGAUACCGCUUGAGAUGUUUCUACAACUUAAUUGGAGUCCACCUGUGAUAAAUUCAAUUGAUUGGACAUGAUUGGGGAUUGCCAACACCGGCCUAUAUAAGGUCCACCAGUUGACAGUGCAUGUCAGAGCAAACUCCAAGCCAUGGGGUCAAAGGAAUUAUCUGCAGACCUCAGAAACAGGAUUGUGUCAAGUGUCUACUUUUUGAAGGACAGUGAAAGUUCCACAACAUGGCUGGACAGAUUUCAGAAAGAUCUCUCUGCUGUAAAUGAACACUGCAAAUCUGAGGUAUGUAUACAGUUUAUACAUUAUAUAUGAGGUAAUCUAAUGCUUUCAUGAUUUAGUCAUCAUUUUCCAGAUAUUCACUCUAGUAUACAGAUUGAUUUUAUGUCUUGUUUUUGCACUUACCUCACGCUCCAGACAGGAUGAAAUAAACCUACGGACUGCUGAUGGAACGUCUUUGUUUUCCAUUACAUACGCACUUGUCAUCUCCUUUUCAGUCAUGUCUUACUUAAGUUUGGUGAUAAAGAAUCGGUGGGUGGACCAUGGAGACGUGUUUGGACACAUAAAUAACACACGAACAGCAAAAGUCCAACUUUACCGUGCCAAGGACACAUGGAGCGAUACUUUUUGUGAUUGUUCUUACUAAAUAUUAGCCUUCUGAGACGCUAUGACGGGCUUUCGCACAGACUGUGUCCAGAAACCCCUCUCUUUGCUUUUUGAAAAGCUUGGGUAUCUGGUUGGAUCUUACCCUGUCUGUUUCAUGGUCAUUCCUCUGCUUGUCUCUGCUGGUCUAGGAGGGGGAUUUUACUUUCUGGCAGACCGGGAGGACAAUGACAUCGAACAACAAUUUACACCCACUAAUGGAUGGUCAAAGGAGGCCAGGAGGUUUGUCAGAGACAAUUUUCCACAUGACGACUCCAUGUUCUCCAUCCAGAGGCUGUACACUGAGGGGAAUUACGCAUCAGUUAUCUUAUCAUCUAAAAACAACAGCAACAUAUUUACGGAGGUCGCUUUUGAAGACAUCAUUCAUCUGGACGGCAAAGUGAAAAAUAUCUCUGUUGAUUCCAAUGACAGGCAUUUAAGAUAUGAAAACCUGUGUGCCAAAAUGAAAGACAAGUGCAUGCCGAAUGUAAUAUUAAACAUCAUUGGUUACGAUCCCCAGAAAAUUGAACGUGCAAAUAUCAGUUUUCCUCUGCACAAAGUUAAAGGCAGACCGGAGUUUCUUGGGUUUACAGUCGGAGGAGUCAACCUAUCGGAGGGUCUGGUUCAGAGUGCCCAGGCUGUUAGGCUCUUUUACUUCUUAGAAGAUGGUGGAAACUCCUACUUGUGGCUAAAGCAGUUCCAGAGAGUGAUGUUAUCUGAAAACAGCUAUGAUGAAAUUAAGAUAUCUCUCUUCACUUCCUUGUCCAGGCAAGAGGAGUUUGAGAAGCACACACCAGAUGGCAUACCUCUGUUUAGCAUUACUUAUUCAUUGGUCAUCUCCUUCUCUGUCAUUUCCUGCUUAAGGUUUGACAACGUGAGGAAUAAGGUGUGGGUGGCCUUCGUUGGGGUGCUCUCUGCAGGCCUGGCUGUGCUCUCUAGCUUUGGCUUCAUGCUCUACAUCGGGGUUCCCUUCGUCAUAACUACUGUCAACGCUCCUUUCCUCAUACUGGGGAUUGGUGUUGAUGACAUGUUCAUAAUGGUCUCAAACUGGCAGCAGACCAACGUCAAAGACCCUGUUGAGAAGCGCAUGGCGGACACCUACAAAGAGGCAGCCAUGUCCAUCACCAUAACCACCGUGACGGACAUCCUCGGCUUCUACAUCGGCCUCAUGACCGACUUCCCGUCCGUCCAGUACUUCUGCCUGUACACCAGCACCGCCAUCUUCCUGUGCUAUGUCUACAACAUCACGUUCUUCGGAGCCUUCCUGGCACUCAAUGGCAGGAGAGAGAGCAGGAACGGGCACUGGCUGACCUGCAUGCAGAUCCCGAGCAAGAGACCUGAGGAGAGCUCCAGGUGUAGCGCCCUCUGCUGUGUGGGGGGUCACUAUGACGAGGAAAAGGGCUCUGAGACGGAGCACCCCAUGAACCGCUUCUUCAAGAGACACUAUGGUCCCUUCCUGAUCAAACCAUGGACGAAAGUGGGCGUAGUGCUGUUGUAUGUGGGCUACGUGACCCUGGCUGUUUAUGGUUGCUUCCAGGUUCAGGAGGGAAUCGAAAUGAGCAAUCUGGCCGCUGAUGAUUCUUACGUGAACAAGUACUAUGCGGAUGAAAGGAGAUACUUCUCUGGGUACGGACCGACUGUGAUGGUGAUGGUGAGAGGGGAGUACCCGUACUGGGAGGAACCGAAGCGGACCGCGCUGAGAUCUUGUCUGAAUGAGUUCACGGAGCUGAGCUUCGUCAGCAAGGACGUCAACAUGUCAUGGCUCGACAUCUACGAGGAUUAUUCUCGCCUCGCACCCUUUAGCUUGAACAACAAGACCACGUUCAUGUCAAACCUUCCAAUGUUUUUCACUCUCGUGCCAGAGCUCAGCCUCGACGUGAACAUCACGGAUGAGGAGAUCUACGCCUCGCGUUUCUUUAUCCAGACAGUGAACAUUGCCAAUACUACAAUGGAGAUCAAGAUGUUUAAUGAGCUCAGGGAGACAGCUGAGAAGUGCAAAAUCGCUGACAUACUGGUUUUUCAUCCUGCAUUCAUCUUCUUUGACCAGUAUGACAUCUUGGAAAGCAGUACUGUCCAGAGCAUUGGCUUCACGGCUCUAGUGAUGUUAGUCAUCUCCCUCCUUCUGAUCCCAAACCCAAUCUGCUCUUUAUGGGUGACCCUCUCCAUUGGCUCAGUCAUCACCGGGGUAACAGGCUUCAUGGCAUUAUGGAAUGUCAACCUGGACACCAUAUCCAUGAUCAUCCUGGUUGUGUGUGUUGGCUUCACUGUGGACUUCUCUGCUCAUAUCUCAUAUGCGUUUGUGUCCAGUGAGAAACCGUCGGCCGAUGAGAAAGCCAUAGAUGCUGUCUUUCACCUGGGCUACCCUGUUUUACAAGGGGCCGUAUCCACCAUAAUAGGGGUGAUAGUUUUGGCAACUUCAAAGAACUAUAUCUACCGUACCUUAUUCAAGAUUAUGUUUCUGGUUAUGGUUCUUGGGUUAGUUCAUGGCCUAGUGUUCAUCCCAGUGUUUUUGACCUUGCUGUCCUUCAACUGCACUAACAAAGACAAGAAAUCCUAUGAUUUUGAGGAUAACUUUAAGACUGCCCAGAAGGCCAUUAUUUAUGAAAAUAAAGCCUUUCAGACAGAAAAUGAGCCAUGUGUGUGUACAAUAAGCACAUAGCAAAGUGACUGUCGUUAAGAACAUUAAAACACAAAAUAAUCAGGGAUAUUUAUCCUAGCAGGCCACAGCUCCCACUCUUGGAAUAUUUAAGUAUGUUGUAUGGUAUAGAAAAACAUAAAUGUAUGGUAUGUGUUGUAUGUAUUGCAUGGUAUGCAUUGUAUCUCUAAAUAACACAGUACAGCACUUUAUUGUAUUCACAUGGAUAUGGAAUGUAGAAUUGACUUGAAUACUAUUAAGAAAAACGUAGUCUUGUGAGAAUGUAAUAUCAGCAAAUACUUUACAAUAAAGUUUAAGACUCA